AUGCGAAAUGCCGCCUGUGCCCGCAUCCAGCUCCGGGAGCACGGGCAGAGAUUGAAACCGGCUUGCUUGGGAUUUGCUUCCCACGCCGCUCGAAGGUUUUUGGUUUUGGCAUUCAAGGGGCAGCCUGAAGGCUGGGUGGCUCAUCCUCCUCCGUGCCCUUCUAAACGGAGAAUCAGAGAGAAAAUCCCCGACAGACUUCCCCGUCCCUCUCGUGUCGCUCCUGGCACCAAGAACGGGAACAAGGAUGCACCGGGACCCGGCCGCCGAGCGAGAAAGAAAGGGGCACCGCCGCCUGGAACCAGGUUUUCAGGGGUCGUAACUGCGAGGCAGAAAUCCGAAUCGGGUCCGCAGGGAGGGAGGAAGGGACUCGGGUCACUCCUCCGAGGCUUUCCCACCGCUACACCGUCUCCUUUUCACCGAGGAGCUGAAGCACCCGUGGCGAGGAGCCAUGAGACAAAAGGGCAAGAAAGGAAGCUACAAAUCCUUUUCAAAAGGCAGAGAAAAGAAAUGAGCAGCAAGAAGAAGAAGAAAAAAGGAAAAAGUUCUCUGAAGGGAGCAAUUUGUCCCAGAACUUGGCAGCCUGGACAGCUUGCAGUUUUUACAAAUCCUCCUGAUGGGAAUGAAGUUUUGGCAGCUGAUGGAAUCACAGAGGUAUGUGAAAGUCAAGACUGAAGAAAAUCCAGGCUCAAACCUCCAAAUCUGCAGAGAGAUUGUCCCUUUGAGGAUCUCCAGUUCUUCGAGAGUCCAGGUCAUGGAGGCAGCCUGUGACCCUCCC